GGGCCAUAUGAUGAGGCCUAACUGACCAAUGGCUAUUGAUAGAAGGGCUAUAGGGAUUAAUUCUGGAGAGCUAAAGGCAGUGCCCAUGUAGGGUGGAGUCAAGUGUGCUAUCCUAAGAAUGCAGGUCGUCUUGGAGUCAAACCUAGAGUCCAAAAACAAUACUUACGAGUAAUUUGUUAUAAGAAAAAUAAUAUUCUAUGAAAUCGCAUAAAACUACAAAAGUUUGCCCGCUUCCGUCUGCUUUGAAAUUUUUUUUAUAAAAAAUUUUCCGGUUUGAAAAAAAAAGGAGCAACGUUGACCCGACCCGUUUGCCAUUAACUCCCACCUAAAACCCGCAAAACGAAAACCAGUGGCCAAGGCAGCAGAGACCAAAACCUUUCCACCUGACCCAACCCCAAUUCUGAAAUCCAUUCCCACCCUCUCAAGUAAUGGAGCAAAACCCUCUUCAAUCCGACGGCCCAGAUGGCCUUCCCGUCAAGUCCACGACCCUCAUAACCUUCUCCCGCAGAGGCCGAAGGGGGAAUCCUAAAGCUGCUCAGCAGAGACUUGAAAUCCUCAGAAAAACCCUAAACCCAAUUCCCUUUGUGCCCGCCAAAAACCCGAACUUGCAGCGCCAUCAGGAGCUCCUGAAGCGGCUGGGCCUCUGGGACUUUCUCCACAUCCAGUUUGAUCCGACUGUUCGGGCUGAUCUUAUUGCUGAGUUGAUCGUUAACUAUAGCCCUCAGCGGCGGUGCAGCUACGUCGGUGAGGUCCGGAUUAGGGUCAGCCCUGCCGAUCUGGGACGCGCAUUGAAGCUUCCGGUUGGGGUGAAAUCGAAGAAGAGUGUGGUUGCAGAGGCUCCGGCGGCGGCGGCGGCGGCGUCGGAGGAAUCGAUAGCUUUGGUUGAGGAUUUGGUAGGCAAUUGGGUGUUUGUGCAGGAGGAUGAGAUGCCCAGGGAGGUUUUGAAGGAUAUCAAAGAAGGGGAGUUUGGGAAUGUGGAUUGGGCUGGUUUGAUUUGGUUCAUGGUGGAAAAGGAGUUGCUUAAGGGUCUACAGUUGGGGGAUUGUUACUAUGCAUCGCAUUUGCAGUUAUUGAUAAAAUCUCAGUGCGAGAGUUUGUUUUCGGAGAAGGGACAAGGGUCUAGGGUGGAGAUUGAGUUGAAGGAGGAUGGUAUAAUGGGUGGGGAGGAUGAUUUUCAGGGAGGCAGAUUGGAGGAACACGGUAUUAAACUAUGUCUUGGGGAAGAAAAUGUGGAGAAAUGUUAUGUUGAGCAAGACAAUGUGGAGAAAGUUUAUGUUGAGCAAGACAAUGUUGAGAAAGUUGAUGAUGAGCAAGAAAAUGUUGAGAAAUUUAAUAAUGAGCAGGAACAUGAUGUUGAGCGAGAAAAUGUGGAGGAACUUGAUGUUGAGCAAGAAAAUGUGGAGGAAGUUGAUGUUGAGCAGGAAAAUGUUGAGAAAUUUAAUAUUGAGCAGGAACAUGUGGAGGAAGUUGAUGUUGAGCAAGAAAAUGUUGAGAAAUUUAAUAUUGAGCAGGAAAAUGUGGAGGAACUUGAUGUUGAGCAGGAAAAUGUGGAGGAACUUGAUGUUGAGCAGGAAAAUGUUGAGAAAUUUAAUAUUGAGCAGGAAAAUGUGGAGGAACUUGAUGUUGAGCAGGAACAUGUGGAGGAACUUGAUGUUGAGCAAGAAAAUGUGGAGAAAGUUAUAGGUGAAAGGGUGCUAGUUGAGGUUGAGGAUGAGGAUGAGGAUGUAAUGGAUGUCGAAGAAUUUAAGGAGGAAGAGCCUACCCAAUGGCUUUUGGCUGGGAAGGGAAAUUUAAGAGGACCUUGUUUGCAGCGGUGCAAUCUUCAUGGGGCCGAGGAUUUGGGUUGUGGGGAUGAGAGAAAAAAUUAUAUGGAGUUGGGAGAAGAAGAAGAUGAUGAUGAUGAUGAAGAAGAGGAAGAGGAUGAUCAGGAGGGAGGCUUUGACCUUUCAAUGAAGGGUUUUUCUUUGGAGGGGUUGUCUUCAGGAAGUCUUAUGCAGGUCAUGGAAGGGGGCCAUAUCCCUCUUGGCUCUGGUAUGCCACUGCAUGAUCAUUUGGCCACAGAUUUUCCUUCGUCAAGGUGGGACCUAAUGCUUCCUGGAAGUUCCUCACUUUCUGGUAAUGGUCACAAGAGAGAGUUCAGCCAUGAAAAUGAUAAUUCUCAUCAUGGUCUCGAUGGUAAUAAGAGGUUGAGGACUGAUGGCCCUUGGCAUAGUAAGAUGCCGGGUGACUUUGACGUGUGUAUGGAGCAUAUACAGCAGUGGAUGGGGAAAAUGGAGGAUAUACAACACUGGAUGGGGAAAGCUAGGAUAAUGUAUGCGGCAAAAGAACAGGAGUGUGAAGAUGCUAAAAUGAAGCAGCAGCUUUUACUGGUAGAGUUGCAGAAAAGGGAUGAGUUCAUCGAUCAGUUGCACAAGGCCAGGACCGAAGACCAGCAGAAGAGACAAACUGAGAAGUAUAGGUUUGAGCAUGAGGUUUAUUUGAUGCAAAAUCUCUUGAAUGGCUAUAGGAAGGCUUUAAAGGCAACACAAAAGGCAUUUGCUGAAUAUAAAGCACGCAGUCCACAGGCUGAUGAGCCACUCUAUAGAGAUGUUCCUGGUUCUGGGGGUCUUGUUUUAAGCACUCGAGAACUCGAAAAGCUUCGCUUAAAACAAGAAGAAGAAGAGAGGAUGAGGUGUCUGGUGAUUGAAACAAAAAUUAAGGACUUUGAAGCUGGGUGGAUUAGCAAAUUUGAAGCACACCACAAGAGUGUUGAAGUAGUGAGUAAUAGGUUGUUGGGUUUGGAGAAGGAAGUGAAACUUCUCAAUGAACAGCUUACAAAACAGAGGCUUUCAGAGACACCAGAACACUCCAAAUGAAUCAUGAGAUGCUCGGUUGGGGAGUGUUCAAUUCUACAAAUUUAAUGUAGAGGCAUGUAGAUGAGGAAUAGUCAACAUUCGGAAGUGUCUUCUUUCACGCUAACUUUUACUUGACUGGUAGUGGGCUUAACAUUAGAGGUCAUCUAGUAGCUUAAAGCUUUUGUCUUAUUAGGGAUUUAUCUAAAUUUUAAUGUAUAUGCUAACGAACACUAGAAGAUCUGUAGUUUAUGUUCUGCAACUUCAUUCUCCUGUUGCAAUUAAUUGGUCAUUAAUCUUCUAGUA